AUCAUUUUCGUGGAAGGUAGUACCAUCUCGUCUGCACAGUUCGGGGAGAAGAGAGAGAGAGAGAGAGAGCGAUGAACUCCUCCAUCUUCUCGGUCGACGAGAUCGCCGAUUCCUUGUGGCCAUCCGCCGUGGCGGACCGUGCGACGGCGGCGCCCAUGUCCGAGUGGGAUUACGAGAGUUUUCUCCAGGAGGUUUCAUGCGCGGCUUCGAUCUCCCCUUCCUCUUCCUCCGCUGAUUCCACCGCUCCUCCGUUACCUUCGAAUUCCAAGCCUCCCGAGGGUGAUAAGGAGCUGAACAGGCAGAAGAAGUCGGAUCAGUCAUCUAACGCUCCGGUCAGGCGCGAUGACUGCCACGCCUUCCUCAAGUCCCAGCUCGAUCGAGCUUGUGCUGCUGUAGCUGAGGCUCGCUCACGAGCUUCAGCUGCUAAGGCAGGGGAAUCCAGUGCUUUGCCUGAGAACCAACCGCAGUCCACAAAAUCUUCACAACCGGAGUCUCGGGAUGAUGGUUCUGAUCAUGGUGUUUCAACAGCGCAAUGUGCUUCUGAUAGUGCACCACUUGGCAUUCCUGCUCUACCUUCUACACAGAGAAAUUCAGCUGCACAACUUAAACAAACUACCAGUGAAUCAUCAAGAGAAGAUUCAGAUGAUGAUGAACUUGAGGUUGACACUGGAACGACUGAGAAUCUAGAUCCUGCUGAAGCUAAACGUGUUAGAAGGAUGCAAUCAAAUCGAGAGUCAGCUAGGCGUUCCAGAAGAAGAAAACAGGAACAUAUGAAUGAACUUGAAACCCAGGUGGGCCAGCUGAAGGUCGAGCAUACUACAUUGCUGAAACGGCUCACUGAUGUAAAUCAGAAGUAUGAUGAAGCAUCUGUUGACAACAGAAUUUUGAAAGCCGAUAUUGAGACCUUACGGACAAAGGUGAAGAUGGCUGAGGAGACAGUGAAGCGAGUGACAGGAAUCCACCCUCUCCUGCUCGCCAUGUCAAAUAUGCCUAACACCAACACCCCAUUCAUGAGCGGCCCAGUGGAUUCAUUCCCGAUUCCUCCCAUGCCAAUGCAACCAAAUCCCAGCCACCAGAUUUUUAACCAUGCACCAACCGUGGCUGCUAUGAACCCUCAGCCAUCAAGAUUGGACAGUGGCUUUCAUAAUAAUAGUGCUAACAGGAAUCCGCUCCCGCCAGCAGUUGGGGGUAAUUUACAGAAUGAAGGAGAGGCAAACAAUGUGACUCAGAUUUCUUCUAUGCAGAACAUUGCUGGAGCAAUGCCGGAGUGGGGCGCAGAUCUCCCCAACCCCCGGAAGCAUUAGCAAUGGAACAGAAGGAAAUAAAUCCCUUGCUUAUGUUCUGACUCGACUGCAUCAUGUGUCUGUCUGUACACAAAUGGGAUUUGAUUAGCCGUACAUGCUUGGUGAGACUGGGUUGAGAGCCUUGCUCUUUGUUUAUGUUGUUGCAGGAACAUAUUUCCUCUUGGCAACAGAGUUUUAGUUGAUGGUCUGUUUCGCAGGGGCAGCAGAGGAAUCUCGGGUUUUUUUGUAUGCCUCAAUUCGUCCUGUGGAAGGGUGAAAAGUGCUUCAGUUUUAAGGAUCUUUAGUAAAUCAAUCUAUGGUGGGUGAUAUACAACAUUGGGUUUCAUCUUUGCCCGAAAAACUUGAGACGAAAUAUCAUCAUUUAUACAGAACUAGCAUGGAAUACGUGCGAUGUUUGGUGUAAAA